AUGAAGACGAUUAUCCCAGUCCCGUUGGAUGCGACUGUCACAACAUCAUUCUCCAGCAAUGCUGCGGCACGAGCAACCAAAAAACUGUUUUUGGACGAAGACUCGGCUAAUUUUCAUUUUGUGUUCGAUUCCGACAACGAUCGGCCGAUGAAAUUACCAGUCCAUAAAAUUAUCUUAGCCGCUGCUAGUCCAGUGUUUCACACUAUGUUUUAUGGUUCGCUAGAAGAAAAAACCGAAGUUGAAAUUGUCGAUGUAUCGUUCGGGGCAUUCAAGGAGUUUUUACAAUAUUUCUAUUUGGCCGACGUAACAUUGACAAUGGAACAUGUCCCUGGUGUCAUGUAUCUAGGCGAAAAAUACGAAAUCACCGAAUGUUCGGAUGCGUGUUCAACAUUUUUGAUGCAAAAUUUGACAGCAGACACCGUGUGUUGGGCAUAUGAGGUAGCUGUUCUAUUCAAGCGUAAAGACCUGAUGGAAUUUUGCAACACACUUGCCAAAUCCGAAAUUUCAGCUGUAGUCCAAUCAAGGUGCUUCAUGGAAUGUGACCAAAAAGUACUUCGUCACAUUUUGAAAUUGGAUCCAUUAAGUGGUCCAAACACAGACGUGUUCCAAGCUUGCAUCGCUUGGGCAAAAUCCGCAUGUCAACAGAAAGGUUUGGAUGGUGAUCAACCGCAAAAUGUACGUGAUCAACUGGGUCAAGCAUUCUACGAAAUGCCAUUCGCUUUAAUUUCUCAGGCCAAUUUCUUUAAUUUUGUUCCGCCCAAUGCCACAUUAUUUGCAAAUGAGGAUUUGGUGGAAAUUAUUCAAAUGGUCGCUUCAUCGGAAUUUCAACCGACAAAAUUCGUGAAAUGGGCCUCAGCCCAAGGAUCCAAUAAUCAGAGCAUACGUCUCAGUCGCAUAGUAAACGAUAGCUUCGUGAUCAAAAACAUCGAGACGACAACAUUUUCAUCUAACAAGUCAUUAAUGUUGAAAGGUAUUUCAUUUGCCAAUGUGUACCACUUUAAUAAGGAAAAGUGGACUUAUUUCGUAGUAAAGUUUCCCAUAUCGAAAAUAACGAUCACAACGAAAGGUCACGAUGAUCAACCUCAAAAGAAAAAGUCUCCUAAAAUUCUCUUCAAUGGGGAAAUAACAUUGGUGACUCAUGGAACAAAUCAAGUUGACUUACCAUCACCAAUCCUCAUCAAACCUGGGAUCAAGUAUGAAAUAUGUUUGCAGCAAGAGGUGCCACCAUCGAGUUACACUUUUAAUACACUCAAGCCGCUGCUUCGCUUUGGGCCGGAUGUCGAAAUUCGAUUCCACCCAGAUACCAAAUUGGGUUAUGAAAACACUGCCACUGGACUGGUCACUGGUUUAUCGGUUGAACGUUUGGAAACGGUGAUGAAUUGUGAUUUAGUCUAA